AUGAUUAGUUUACUGAGGCAUCAUUUGCACUCUAGUGCUAAGCUGAAUACUCAAUUGAAUGUAUGCGUGCGCCGAUUGCAUGUUCCUUACAAAUAUAGAACCUCAUCACUGAAUUUUGUUGGAAAUAAUCUUCGGCAAUCUCAUAUUACAAUAGAAAUUCUCAUCCUGAGUCAAUUGAGAUCCCAAUCAACACAUUUGAGAGCAGCUACUAAGUCUGCCCCUAUCGAAAAUGCUAACCUGAAUUUACCUAGACUUUCGUCGUCCAAUCUGACUGGAUCAGGAAUGAAAGAUAUCAAAAGAUUGUUCCGACUAGCGAAGCCAGAAACAAUGUAUAUAGCUCUCGCCCUAUUGCUUAUUCUAAUCUCAAGCUCUGUAAGUAUGGUGCUUCCUAGCGUUAUUGGCAAAUUGUUGGAUUAUGCGAAAGAUGGCUUCGAGACAAGUGAUGUUGAGGAGACAGAAGGUUCACAAGAGGAGACAGAAGGUUCACAAGAGGAGACAGAAGGUUCACAAGAGAAGACAGCUCGCAAAAUUUAUGGACUUAGUCCCAAUCAAUUCAUUGCAGCUAUGGGUUGUGUAUUUGUGGUGGGAGCUAUAGCAAAUAUGGGGCGCGUAAUUAUAUUGAAGGUAACUGGUGAAAGGCUUGUGGCGAGGCUGAGAACUCGUACAAUGAAAGCAGCUCUUGAUCAAGAUGCCACUUUUUUGGAUACCAAUCGUGUUGGUGAUUUGAUCUCGAGACUAUCUUCAGAUGCUUCCAUUGUAGCAAAGUCGGUUACACAAAACGUUUCCGAUGGCACAAGGGCCACAAUCCAAGGCAUCGUGGGAUUCGGUAUGAUGGGGUAUAUUUCGUGGCAGUUGACUUGCGUCAUGGGGCUCAUGAUACCACCAAUUGCAAUUAUGGCUUUAGUGUACGGCAGAAAAGUUAGAAAUUUAUCAAGGCAAUUACAAACAUCUGUUGGUGAAUUGACAAAGGUUGCUGAAGAAGAAUUGAAUGCGACAAGAACAAUCCAAUCAUACGUUGGAGAGAAAAAAGAGAUUCAUCGAUAUGCUAAAGAGGUCAGAAACGUCUUCAAUAUCGGGCUUAAAGAAGCAAUGGUGUCUGGUAUGUUCUUUGGAUCGACAGGUCUUGUAGGAAACGUUGCCCUAUUAUCAUUGCUCAUGGUAGGUACUAAUAUGAUCCAAGCUGGACUGAUGACAGUCGGAGAUCUAUCCAGCUUCAUGAUGUAUGCCAUCUACACCGGUACUUCAAUGUUUGGUCUGUCAAACUUUUAUUCGGAGAUUAUGAAAGGAGCCGGAGCAGCCGCAAGAGUGUUUGAGUUAAAAGAUCGUAAGCCUCUGAUAUCCCCAACAAUUGGAAAAGAUCCAAAAACAUUACUAGGGAAAUCGAUUGAAUUCAAUCACGUAUCAUUCACUUAUCCAACAAGACCCGGGCAACAGAUUUUCAACGACAUAAGUAUUUCUAUAGAGUCAGGCGAGCACGUUUGUUUCGUCGGUCCCUCUGGUUCUGGUAAGUCUACAAUCGCUUCACUCCUAUUGAGAAAUUAUGAUGUCACCUCAGGAUGCAUUAAGAUCGGCACUGACGAUAUCCGUAGUUUUAAUCUAAGAAAAUAUCGAAGACUUCUGGGAGUCGUCCAGCAGGAACCAGUGUUGUUCAACGGCACUAUUUUCGAUAAUAUAUUGUACACGGUCCCUCCAAAAGUGGCACAAGACAAAAAUCGAGUGGCCAAAGCGAUCGGGCAGGCAAACUGUGCCAAGUUUUUGUCAAAUCUACAGGAUGGAUUGCAAACAAAUGUUGGCCCCCGAGGUGCCCUGCUAUCAGGUGGCCAAAAGCAAAGGGUCGCUCUAGCCAGGUCAUUCCUUCUGCAGGCACCUCUGCUGAUACUCGACGAGGCAACUAGCGCACUUGACGUCCAGAGCGAAGAGGUGAUCGCCAGGACGCUGAAGGAAAGGGUCCAAAAGGGCCUGACCACCAUAUCGAUAGCUCACAGACUCUCUACCAUCAAGCACUCAACCAGAGUUGUCGUUCUAAGUAAACAUGGCUCUGUCAUUGAAACCGGGCCCUUCGAGCAGCUAAUUGCAAAUCCAAAGAGUGAGUUGAACGUAUUACUAUCGCAACAGCAGCAGGUUGAUAACAAAGAACAGGAGAGGGAGCAAGAAGAUAUAAAUGCCCAUGUAAUGAAAUCAAUCCCAUGGACGGAAGAUGCUACGAGCAACGCAAUCUAG